AUGAAAACUAGGACUGAAAUAAUGAUCUCCAGGAUUUAUACUACUAAGACAAUAAGUAUGCUUUUACAUAGUAGCAAAGGGAACUCCCAAGAUGCAAUAUCUUCACACAAUUGUGUUCUUCCGUGGAUACUUAGUCUAGAAAUUGUUCUCAAGUGCGUUGUUUCUUGUGGUCGAUAUGACCCGCAGCUCCACAGGCUAUCAGAAAGGAGGCAGCUGAGCGCCAGGGCCCGGGUGUCCGAACAAAGGACCGCAGCAAUCUUGGAGCAGGCAGCAGCAGCACAUGAGGUAGAAGCUGGAUCCGAAGAAUCCACCGAACUCAGGCCCCCAGAAACCAGGGCCAGGGCCACCAGGAAACCCAGGCCCGCCAGGUGGAACCGGACCCCACCCUCCUGGGCCCAACCCUGCAGGGCCUCCCCAACCCGGUCCUCCUCCAGGCCCAUGCGGGUCCAUCUCGCCAAGAUAAACUUCUGA